AUGCACAACAACCCUUUCAUCUCUCAAGAAUCAUUCAAUCCGCCAUUGCCGAUGAAAAGAGGUCGUGAUGUGAUCAAUUAUGAUAUUUAUAUGCAAGAUGACGAUGCAUUCCACCAGAGAAGCCUAUUCAUGGAAGACUACACAGAAAUGAAUAAGAGCAUGAAAAUAUACAUGUACCCACACAACAAGAAUGACCCCUUCGCAAACGUGCUACCGCCGCUGGAUUCCGAGCCAGACGGCAACUACGCAAGCGAGGCCUAUUUCAAGAGAGCCCUCUUCAAGAGCCAUUUCCUCACAAAUGAUCCCUCCGAAGCGCACCUCUUCUACCUCCCUUUCUCUAUUGUGAGCCUCAGACACGACGAGAGAGUAGGCGUUGGAGAGAUUCAAGCGUAUGUCAAUAACUAUGUUCAAGACAUCAGCCGAAGCUACCCCUUCUGGAACCGGACAGGCGGCACAGAUCAUUUCUAUGUCGCCUGCCAUUCCGUGGGGCGAAACGCCAUGGAAAAAUCGAUCCAAGUUAAACUCAACGCGAUUCAAGUGGUGUGCUCCUCUAGCUACAUCUUGCCUGGCUACGUCUCCCAUAAAGACGCUUCGAUACCGCAGAUAUGGCCCAGAAGAGAUCGUCCACCGAUCCAACCUCCGUCGAACAGAGAUAAUCUUGCAUUCUAUGCCGGAACAAUGAAUUCAAGGGUCCGUGAAUAUCUCGUGAAGACGUGGGUGAACGAUUCAGAGAUUUUAGUGCAUCCGGACCGCCUCAAGACGCCGUACUCGGAGUCUCUCGUGAGGAGCAAGUUCUGCAUCCAUGCUAAGGGAUAUGAAGUGAACAUAGCUCGAAUAGGGGAUGCUUUGUAUUAUGGGUGUGUUCCUGUAAUUUUAGCAGAUCACUAUGAUCUUCCAUAUGCGGACAUAUUGAACUGGGAGAGUUUCUCGAUUGUUUUUUCAGCUUCGGACAUUCCGAUCAUGAAGGACGUUCUUAGAGAAAAGGUUAAGUCGGGUGAAUAUUUGAGGUUGCAUGGAAAUGUGAUUAGAGUGCAGAAUCAUUUUCAGUGGCAUAGUUUGCCGGUUGAUUAUGAUGCAUUUUACAUGGUUAUGUAUGAGUUGUGGCUCCGAAGAAGUCAUGUGAAAAUCAAUAGUUGA